UUAAUUUAAGCGAUUGGACCGUCUCAUUCAUCGCAAGUGGUUAUUGCUACUUGGAAGAAACAAGCCUUAUCCCUCUCCUGCUUCUCCCUCUAUAAAUAGUCCGGUAAAACUUCAUUUCCCUUGUAGAACAGAGCACGCGCAGAGUUUGGCAGAAGAGAAAUGGGAAGCCUUCGCAAGCUCUUCUUCUCAUCUCUUCUUCUUUUUCUCUGCAUCAUUAUCGGAGCCCAUGGAGCUCCAUGUAGCCUGGCUGACAUCAGCAUAAGUCAGAGAAAAACAGGGGGCAUAGUGGAAGGCAAGCCGGAGUACGAGGUGUCGGUGAGCAACAAAUGUCGAUGCUUGCAGUCGAAGGUGGUCUUGAGAUGCUACGGGCUCAGCAGCGUCGAGUCGGUGAACGGCUGGGCCAUCCGCCCGGUCGACGAAGAGAGGUGCCUCGUCGGCGACGGCCGGGCAAUUUCCAGAGGCACGCCGGUGAAGUUCAGGUACGCGUGGAUGACGCCGCAGGACUUCCCCGUCGUCAGCACCCUGAUCCACCAGUGCAACUGAUAGCUGAUCAGGGAUCACUGAAGACCUG